UCCUCUCUGCCCGCCUCCAUGCGCGCCAUCGGCAUUUCGCGCACGGGCGAUCUCAGCGUGCUCGAGCAGCGUUCUCUGCCCGUGCCUGUGCCGCAGGCAGACGAGGUGCUGCUGAAGUGCGAGUGGGCAGGCGUCAACUUCAUCGACACGUACCAGCGCAGUGGUCUCUACGCGCUCCCGCUCCCCUUGACGUUGGGGCAGGAGAGCGCCGGACGCGUGGUAGCGCUGGGCGAAGGGGAGGCAAGCGAUGGUACCCUCAAGCUCGGCGACAAAGUGGCGGCGUAUGUCGGCGGCAGCUUCGCAGAGUAUGUCGUUGCGCCGCGCAGCAAGGUGGUGAAACUGCCGGAGGGCCUAGAGACGAGGGACGCUGCGACGGCACUGCUGCAGGGCCUGACGGGUGAGUUUGGUUACUUGUGCCCCCCAAGAAGGAUGGCCUCCUACCUCGGCGCCACGGUCAUCGGCACCGUCUCUACGGCGGCCAAGGCCUCCCUGGCACAGGCCGCCGGCGCCACACACCUCAUCAACUAUGCCGACGCCUCCGUCUCGGUGGCCGACGAGGUGGCGCGCCUCACGCACGGCGCGGGUGUGGCCGCCAUCUUCGACGGCGUCGGCAAGGACACGUGGGAGGAUGACUUUAAGAUGAUUGCGCGCAAGGGCACCAUCGUCACGUUUGGCAAUGCCAGCGGCGCCGUGCCGGCCUUUGCGCCCCUCAAGCUGGCGGCCAAGAACGUCAAGGUCUGCCGUCCCACUCUCGGCAACUACGUCUACACGCGCGAAGAGACGGAGCGCUACGCCGCGGAGCUCUUCGCGCUGCUGGCGCAGCACAAGCUGACGCUGCGUGUGCACCAGGAGUACGCCUUCUCGGUCGAGGGCGUGCGGCAGGCGCAGGAGGACAUUGCGGGACGCGGCACGACGGGCAAGCUGAUUGUCAAGGUGGCGUGAAGGGGGGAAGCAUUUGCAAGGGCGCCACAAUGGAGGGACAACAAGGUGGGCGCAAGGGGAGAGAAAAUGCAGAUGCCCCCCCCUCCCCUCCCCCCCUCCUGUGCAAGGCCUGACCACGGCGCGCUGCGCCCCAAGACGAAGACGCGUCUCGAGAGACUGGUGCGCCCCUGGCAAAGGGCCCUGAUCCCUCGCGCAGCUGGUCCGGCAGCACUCAUCUGCAUCCGGCGCGGCGCCCGCGGAAAAGGCGGAAAAGAGCGCCGCGGG